AUGGGCUCGCUUAGGGAACCUCUCGGUCUCUUGAAGGCGCUGCUGGCCCGCAUUCCGCUGAUCCUUAAGACCAUCCUCCUGCAUGGCAUUCGAAUGUCCCCCGUCAAGGGGAAACAGGACAUGCGCACCGAAUUAACCGUCGCCAUCAUUCGCUCAUUCAUUUCAACAAAUGCUCCACUCGGCAAAAUUCAAAAACAAGGCAUACGCGACCCCGGAGUUAAGGGUCCCAUGUGGGUGUCCAAGGUGACCCUCCCGCAGCCCGAGAUCGACGUGCGCAAUGCAGUAGUACGCGCAAUCGAAGAUCUCAAGACCGGCGAUGAGACAUAUGAUAUACCCGCGACUAUCGCAGUCGAAGCCGAAUGGACCGGUUACCGCACCGGAGUUGGAAAGAAAACACCAGAGCCCGAUCUCACGGAAGAGGAGAAAUACUACAAGUUGCGCGAGGAAUCGCCGUCUGAUAUGACGAUCUUGUAUUUCCACGGCGGUGCCUAUUUCCUUCUAGAUCCCUGCAGCCAUCGCGUCCCCGUCGCACACCUGUCUCACCUAACCGGAGCCCCCGUCUUCUCCGUCCGAUAUCGCCUCGCUCCUCAAAAUCCAUUCCCAGCCGCACUAGUCGACGCCUUAACGGCAUACCUCUCCCUCCUCCACCCGCCUCCAGGCUCCCUCCACAAACCCAUACCAGCAAACAAAAUCGUAUUCGCAGGCGAUUCCGCUGGCGGGAACCUCUCAUUAGUCCUCCUCCAAACACUCCUAACCCUCGACCGCGCAUCCCAGACAAUCCGCUUCCACGGCAAAGAUGUGCCAGUCGAACUACCCGCAGGCGUCGCAACCACCUCCCCAUGGUGCGACGUGUCGCGCUCCAUGCCAUCUACCAGCGCCAAUGCACAUCUCGAUUACCUCGAGGCACCGGCUGUGCCUUCCAACGACCCAGAUGUCAGGACUUCGUUCACCCCGCUCCCUUUUACGCCAGACGAUAUCUGGCCGGCGUCCCCGCCUCGUGCAGAUGUCUACUGCAACGCCAGCAUGCUGAGUCAUCCAUUGGUAUCUCCCCUCGCUGCGCCUGUUGCUCUCUGGAAGAACGCACCGCCUAUUUGGAUCUCGACUGGCGAGGAAGGUCUCAUGGACGAAGGCCUCAUUCUGGCGCGCCGCGUUUACCAGGCCGGUGUGCCCCUCGUUGCGGAGAUGUUUGAGGGUAUGCCGCACUGCCACGGUCUACUUAUGAUGGGUAGACCCACUAGCCAUCGUUUCUUUGAGAGCUUUGCUGGGUUCUGUCGGGAUGCCGUUGCUGGUCGGGUCACGUCGACGGGGAAUCUAACGUGGUUGGGCUUCAAACUGCAGUUGACAAAGGAGAUUCCGAUUGAAAAGGCCUGUGAAACCAGUGAUGAGGAAGUUGAGGCUCUCAUGCAGAGAAUGUCUGCUUGGAAGCGGGAGGGAGAGAUCGAAUUGCAGAAGCAAUGGCGUGCGACAGCGCGGUUAUGA